GUACGAGGAAAUUCCACGGAAGUCGAGGUCGCUCCGAGAAUGCUAUCGCGACAAAAGAGAUACCUGAUCUUUCCCGAAGGUAGUAACUUGCAGUUAGUGUACUGCCUGACUAUCGGAGCGUAUGGCAGAAACGAUGAUUUGGUGAUGGGUCUGACAGCAGCGUUGGCUUGGGAACUUCCGAGUAAAGUCGACUCCAAGAUAUCGGAUUUACUUCACCGUAGAAGCCGAAGUGUCAUGUUCCCGAAGGUUGAAGCUUUCUUGCAGUCCACUGGUAUCGACGGAAGAUCCUGCGUAAUGAAGGCUCUGUGUGAGGCAGGUCAGAGGCAUCCAUCUCAAAUUGGCAAAGGCACCUUCGUUCAGGAGCUCCUGCAUGUUAUUUUUACAUUACCAAGAGACGGCGGGAGAUUCGAAUGUUCGGAGGAUCGACCUUAUGAGAGAGCUUAUCAGAACGGUGGAAACUGCGAGAAACUUUAUCCAACGUGCAAGCACUCCAUUUACAGCGUGGAUCUUUGAGAUCGAAGGAGGCGAGGCGAAAGCUUCGUUUGCGCGAGAAGAACGUAAGAAACGUGUGCGAUGCUCGUAGGAAAAGCUCAUACGGAAAGCUCGCGCUCGACCGCUCCCCGAAUCCGAUGGAAAACUUUCUACCAACUAGAAACGUUGCUGAAGUUUUUCUGGCUGCAGUCCAAUCGACUCGUUGAUGGGAAAAGGAUAAUGCUUUGCCUUCCGUCAAAAUCAUUCCGACUUUCGUUGACAACGAGAUUUAUGUCAAGUCCAAA